AACCAGAAAUCAGCUCUUGUUACACAUCAAAAAACUCACAGAGAAGAGAGGCCAUUUUCAUGUUCAGAAUGUGGGAAAUGUUUUAAUAAGAAAUCGUCUCUUGUUGUACAUCAGAGAAAUCACACCGGGGAGAAGCCAUUUUCAUGUUCAGAAUGUGGGAAAUGUUUUAACCGGAAAUCAGCUCUUGUUACACAUCAAAAAACUCACAGAGAAGAGAGGCCAUUUUCAUGUUCAGAAUGUGGGAAAUGUUUUAAGAAGAAAUCAUAUCUUGUUGUACAUCAGAGAGUUCACUCCGGGGAGAAGCCAUUUUCAUGUUCAGAAUGUGGGAAAUGUUUUAACCGGAAAUCAGCUCUUGUUACACAUCAAAAAACUCACAGAGAAGAGAGGCCAUUUUCAUGUUCAGAAUGUGGAAAAGGUUUUAAACAUAAAUUUGCUCUUGUUGUACAUCAGAGAAAUCACACAGGGGAAAAGCCAUUUUCAUGUUCAGAAUGUGGGAAACGUUUUAACAAUAAUUCAUAUCUUGUUGUACAUCAGAGAACUCACACAGGAGAGAAGCCAUUUUCAUGCUCAGAAUGUGGGAAAUGUUUUAACAAUAAUUCAUAUCUUGUUGUACAUAAGAGAACUCACACAGGAGAGAAGCCAUUUUCAUGUUCAGAAUGUGGGAAAUGUUUUAAGAAGAAAUUUGCUCUAGUUGUACAUCAGAGAAAUCACACCGGGGUGAAGCCAUUUUCAUGUUCAGAAUGUGGGAAAUGUUUUAACAAUAAUUCAUAUCUUGUUGUACAUCAGAGAACUCACACAGGAGAGAAGCCAUUUUCAUGCUCAGAAUGUGGGAAAUGUUUUAAGCGCAAACAAGCUCUUGUUACGCAUCAGAGAAUUCACACAGGAGAGAAGCCAUAUCCAUGUUCAGAAUGUGGUGAAUGUUUUAAGCAGCUAUCAGCUCUUGUUUUCCAUCAGAGAGUUCACACAGGGGAGAAGCCAUUUUCAUGCUCAGAAUGUGGAAAAUGUUUUAAGCAGAAAUCAGCUCUUGUUAUGCAUCAGAGAAAUCACACCGGGGAGAAGCCAUUUUCAUGCUCAGAAUGUGGAAAAUGUUUUAUUCAGAAAUCAGCUCUUGUUACACAUCAAAAAACUCACAAAGAGAAGCCAUCUCCAGGCUUAGCCCUUUAGUGACCUCCCUUAUGUGUUUUUGUUUUUUUAUUCUUUUUAUUGAAACAUUUAAAAUUUUUAAAACAGGGACAGAAAUUAAAAAAGGGGAGGAAAAUAUAACAAGAUUUCUGGAAUUAUACAUUGUUUGAAAUAGUACAUCUAUAUCAUAAAGCAACUGAUAAAAAUGGGUUUCCAGCAAUCAGCAUAUUAUAAAAUAUAAUAAUAGUAUGAUAAAGAAAAAACAUAAAAAGGGGAGGGAAAGGGAAGGUUAAGUUUGAAGAGCGCCCAAAGUACCUUUCAUAAAGGGGAGAUAAUGUACCAGGAGGUAUACUGAAAUGGUUUGACUGUCUCUGAGAUUUCAGAGAGGAUGAAAUGUGUGGUCAGAAAAGUCUUCCAUUUUUGGAAGAAUUUAGUAGCAGAGCUCUCUUUGUGCCUUUUUGCCUCCAUCUGAUCAUACAGAAAUGUAUCUUCAGUUGUGAAAUCACUGUUGAUACGUCUGGCAUUAAGCUGGAGAGCCAGUGGUGUAAUACUACUCUUUUGGCCACCAGCAAUAUCGAGUGGCGGAAGAGAGGAACAUUUUGAGGGCGAGUAGCUUGGUGUGUUGGAAAGCGAAUAUAGUAAAACAACAAUGUUUGAGGUUUGAGGGGGAGGUUGAUCGACCAGUAUGUCCUGACAUAUACUAUCAGAUUUUCCCAAAAUUUUGAGACCCGAGGGCAUGACCAUAUGCCAUGCCAAAAAUCUGAGGCCGGCUUUUUACAUUUGGAGAAUGAGUAAAGAGCAAGGGUAAAUCAGAUCCUAGGGAAUGAUUUAUCCGAAAGAAAAGAAGAACUUGAGGUGCUAGUGGAGUUGAAGUGUU